AUGAAUAACUAGAUUUCUUUAUGCCGAAUCCAAUUACCUUAAGAAUCCGCUAUAACCGUAAUAUUAAAGGAAAAUCAUUUUUAUUAAUAUCGAUUAAAUUAGGAAAUGAAAAAAUUCUUAUUAUUGAUGACAUCAGUUAUCGGUAGUUAUUGCUUUAAUCCCAAUGACUAUGUAACAAUACCAUUCCUCAAAUUUCCAGACUCAUUGAGCUAUAAUGUUUUAGAGAUAAAUUCAAUUUUUGAAUAUUUGAUAGCAUGUGUAUACAUAGGAUUAUUCUACUAUUCGAUGUACUUCUGCAUCAGUCAUAUUUUGGUUUGGAGUCACCCUGCACCAAAGACCCCAGAUAGAAUAGCUCAAACAAGGGAAGAAAUGAGGAGAGGAAUCAAAGCUCUUUUUUAUGUAAUUUUGUUGACAACAGGAAUAAUAUGGAAAGUGCAGCCUUUGAAUCCUUAUUAUGGAUAUUAUGAGACACAUGGAAUUUGGAUUGAAGGAAUUCUUCAUUUCACUAGUCGUGUACAAUAAUAUUAUUAUGCAUAAAGAUAUAUGUUGACUUUCGAUGUGUGGUUUUACACUUCCCACAUAAUAGGACACACUCCCUUUUUUUGGAAGCAUCUCCAUGGGGAACAUCAUGAAUUUGUCGAGCCUGGAGCCUAUGCUUAAGAUGCAGUACACCCGAUAGAAGCUUUAAUAUAAGGGCCGAUUGGACAUUUCUUGCCUACAUUCAUCUAUCCAUUCCACCCAGUAUGUCAUCAUGUAUUUGGGUUGUUAACAUCGAUCUAUGCUCAAUUAGCACAUGAUGGAAGAUGGGAUCCAGCUGGCCACACUUUGCAUCAUUAUUAUUAUUCAUGCAAUUUCAGCAUUUGGGGAUUUUGCGAUUUCAUAUUUGGGACAGGUUACAACUAGGAGAAGUAUCCCAUUCCUUACAUUCCAACUUGGCUCAGAAGCAAGGUUAAUAAGAGUAAGAAUGAGGAUAAGAAAAUAAUGUGA